AUGUCUUCGCUGAAAGAGAUAUGUGACGGUAUCCCAGACCCUCUCCCACCGAGGCGUCAGAGGGAUGAUACAGUCCCACAUGCACCGAUCAGGACACCUGAUCUAACACCGGCCGAACAGAGGCUAGCACUACAGAAUGCACUACGAUACUUUCCACCAGACCAGCAUGAAAUUUUAGCCCAUGAGUUUGCCGAUGAAUUACGUAAUUACGGCCAUAUAUACAUGUACAGGCUUUUACCUUCGUUUGAUAUGAGAGCAUAUCCAAUUGACGAGAUACCUGGGAGAAACAGACAAGCAGCAGCAAUCAUCCAUAUGAUACUUAAUAACUUAGACCCUCAUGUGGCCCAAUUUCCACAAGAAUUGGUUACAUAUGGAGGAAACGGGCAGGUUUUCUCGAACUGGGCCCAGUUUUGGAUCACCCUCUCCUACCUCUCAGAAAUGUCUGAAGAACAAACGUUAGUGAUGUACUCCGGUCAUCCAAUGGGACUAUUCCCAAGUAGCCCGGCAGCACCAAGGCUCGUUAUAACUAACGGUAUGGUCAUACCAAACUACUCAUCAAGAGAAAUGUACGAGAAAAUGUUUGCACUCGGAAACACAAUGUAUGGUCAGAUGACAGCUGGUAGUUUCUGCUAUAUAGGACCACAAGGGAUAGUUCAUGGCACAACGUUGACAGUACUGAAUGCAGCUAGGCGACAUCUGGGUACCACGGAUAUGAGGGGAAAGGUGUUCGUUACAUCUGGAUUGGGUGGAAUGAGUGGGGCACAACCAAAGGCAGCAACAAUAUGUGGAUGUAUAAGUGUAACAGCUGAGGUAAGUAAAGAGGCUUUAGAGAAACGCCACAACCAAGGAUGGGUUGCAACCAUCGCAAACAACUUGGACGAAUGUAUUGGUAAAAUACGACACGCAAGACGUCAGAAAGAAGCUAUCAGCAUUGGGUAUCAUGGAAAUAUUGUAGAUUUAUGGGAAAGAUUCGUAGAAGAAUAUGAGAAUACAGGCGAUCUAUUAGUAGAACUAGGUUCAGAUCAAACCUCAUGUCACAAUCCAUAUCUUGGAGGAUAUUAUCCUGUGCAGCUAACGUAUGAUGAGUCGAGGAUUAUGAUGCAUGAAGAUCCAAUAAGGUUCAAGAAUCUAGUACAGGAAAGCCUCAGAAGACAGGUCACAGCAAUCAAUAAGCUGUCUAACCUUGGACUGUAUUUUUGGGACUAUGGAAAUGCGUUUCUUUUGGAAGCUUCAAGAGCGGGAGCUGACGUAGGAAGAGAUGAAAGUGCCACUGGAACCUUGUUCCGCUAUCCAUCAUAUGUACAGGACAUUAUGGGAGAUAUAUUUUCUUUGGGAUUUGGUCCGUUUAGAUGGGUGUGUACAUCAGGAUGUCCGAGUGACUUGGACACAACGGAUGAAAUUUCAGCCAAUGUCUUGGAGGAUAUUAUAAAUGAAGGAGUUCCAGAAACUAUAAAACAACAGUACAAUGAUAAUAUAAGAUGGAUUCGUGAAGCAAAGAAUAAUAAAUUAGUAGUUGGAUCACAGGCACGAAUAUUGUAUUCAGAUCAAGUGGGCAGAACAAAAAUAGCCACUGCUUUCAACAAUGCUGUCAAGGACGGUAAACUAAAGGGUCCGGUUGUUAUUAGCAGAGAUCACCAUGAUGUCAGUGGUACAGAUAGUCCAUUCAGAGAAACUUCCAAUAUAUAUGACGGUUCAGCAUUUUGUGCAGAUAUGGCAGUCCAGAACGUAAUAGGUGAUGCAUGCCGAGGAGCCACAUGGGUUGCCUUACACAAUGGUGGUGGCUGUGGAUGGGGUGAAGUUAUAAAUGGAGGAUUUGGAUUGGUGCUUGAUGGUACACAGGAUGCUGGCGACAGAGCACAAAAAAUGUUGGCCUGGGAUGUAUCAAAUGGGGUUGCUAGAAGAUGUUGGUCAGGUAACAACAAUGCAGAAGAGACAAUCUGUAGAACUAUGGACCAUAACAAAUCACUGAAAGUUACAUUACCAAAUCAUGUUCAGGACCUGGAUCUAUUAGACAGGGCAUUACAGGAGUAAAUGGGC